UGUUGCUGGUGCCGAUAUCGAGAGACGACUUCAAGUUUCUGCCAGCGAGCGUAGACGUUUCUUUUAUCUCUUUUGAUUUCCGUCCUCAUCCUCAGAGGCAUUUUGGAAUGGACCUGCGCAGGUGCGCAGUUUCCUCUGUAUUUCCUCAGUCAAGAGUCAUUAUUGCAGCUGAGCAAAAUUGGAAAUCCUCGAUAUCCUCUUCCUCAACGGCUUCCUCCGUGAGGCUUGGCUCUUGCGCCACCUCUCCCGGUAACAAUUUCAUAUUGGUCCUCUUCCUCACUACCAAUCAUGACCAAGGUGGCCUCACAUGCCUCUUUUUUCCUCACGUAUUUCCUCAUUUUCCUCCGGUGUUUAAUCAACGUAUGACAACAGGCACCGAUUCCUCGCAAAGACAUUGGUCUCACUUUAUGUUCCAAGAAGAUAGCAAAUGUCGUUCGUUCGGUGAUGCAUUUGUUGCUGCCGCAGGUCUUUUUCUUUUGCACUCGGUGUCGGGGGCGGCCCUUGUGCCUCCCAUGUGGCGUCACUGCCGCCUCCGACGUCGCCCUUCCCGGUCUCCCGGUAAAAAGGGCACUUUCAUCCUUCAGGGCGGUUGGACCGUUGUUUAUGUUGUGCAUGAUGGUCGCAUGGCGGACCAUCACGACAGCUCCCGCGGCCGCGGGGUGGGAGACCAACGCAGGCGCGAGGCGCAACGUCCGCCACGAGGCACCCCGGCACCAAUUCGAAUCACCCCCUCUAUCUUUCUUCAAGUUGUCCACGCACACUCACACGAGGCGAACCACCUAGUACCGAGACGCUGCUGCAGCUUCCCACCCAACAUAUCCCGCCUUUCAUCCAACGCCCUUCUCCGGCUCAUACCCUCAUUAAGCCCAUAGCCCCGGAGGCCGGGAGCUAAUUGAGUCUACAGGGCUUUCGUGGAUCUUCCUAGACCGCAUAUUGGGCCACAUGCAGGUCCUUCCAUGUGAUUUCAAGGUUGCUGCGAGGUUUGAUGUGACGACGUGCCUGAACGAGGCCUCAUCACG